ACACACGUGACACGUUGCUCAUUUUAAGGUCAUUCUCCUUAAUGAGUAGUCGAUAUAUUACUUCUCGUAAAAAAUUUUUGCUAUAAUUUUAUUUUAAAAAUAAAUAAAUGGAAUUUACCAAUAUAAAAAAUUUUUUUUUAUUUUUUUUUAUCAUUGGAUUGAUAGCAGUGACUGCUAUUUAUUGCUACAGUAAGCCAUCGGGACAUCAAGAAGAUGCAGAAUCAGAAAAAUUAUUAAUUGAUACUGAUGGUGGUCCAGACGAUGCAGUUGCAAUAUUACUUGCAAUAUCUUCAUUUAUUUCUCGCAAUAAUAAUACAAAAAAAUUUGAUAUUGUUGGGAUAACAUGUACAUAUGGAAACGCAUAUUUAAAAGAUGUUGAAAAAAAUGUACUAAAAACCUUGACAAUUGCCAAUGUAACAAAUAUACCUGUAUAUUCUGGUGCUGAAAAACCUUUGAAGAAUAAUUUUACUCUUGAAAAUUAUUUCGGAGCAGAUGGAUUUGGUGAUUUUGUAUUUGAUAAAAAUAUAACAAUUAAUAUUGACAGGUCAAAAAAUGCAACAACGGCCUUGAUUGAUUUGGCUAAAAUUCAUUCAAAAAAAUUAACAAUAUUAGCACUUGGACCAUUGACAAACAUUGCCGAGGCAAUUAAAUUGGAUCCAAAUUUUGUUGGCAAUGUUAAUAAAUUUUACAUAAUGGGUGGAAGUAUAUCUGGUGGAGGAAAUAUGGGUCCAAAUCUUGAAUUUAAUUUUAUGCUUGAUCCUGAAAGUAAUAAAAUUGUUUUGGAUUCAUUAAAUGGUGAAUCAAGCUAUUUAAUUCCUUGGGAACCAUUAUCCCAAACAAAUAUAUCAACAGAAUGGAAACAAACAGCAAUUGAUAAAAUGAAUACAACAACAACUGAAUUUUUAAGACUUGCUUUUGCUAAAACUCCAAAAAAUCCUUUGUGGAUUCCAGCUGAUGCUUUAGCAGUUGCUGUUAUCAUGUGGAAAACUGAAAAUUUUAUUGAAAAAAAACAAGCAAUUGUUAAUUCAAUUAUUGAUAAACCCCAUUAUGGUGAAAUUAGUGUUAAUUAUACAACAAAAGUAGGAAACAUUGCUAUUGUUACAAAAAUUAAUGCUGAUGAAUUUAAAAAAUUAUUAAUCGAAAAAUUAUCAUUGUUUAAAUAAUAAAAUAUACACAUUUUUUCUACAUUAUAUUUAAAUUGUAAUUAACAGAAAAAAAAUUUCAAUAACAAGUUCAAUUUUUUAUUUUUUUUUUAAUUAUUAAACUGUAUUUAUUAAAAAUAAAAAAAUAAAAAUUUAUAUUCAAAUUAAUUAU